GGCUUCACUGACGGUUUGUGUUUGGGUCGACCAAGUCAGAGGGAGACGGGUAGCCACGCACGAGACACAGUUCGUGGUACUUUCUUGGUGCACCAGGCCUGAAGUCCCACUUAUCCACUCGUGUGCUACGUGCUCGCAAAACCGUAUGGAGCAGAAGCCCCCCAAGCGAGGUCCCGUAGAGCCGACAGAAUCCGGAUCCGGAGCUGCUUGUACCACUGUCGUAUCAACAGUGUUCAGGGAAACCAGGAAGAUUUCACAAUCCAACAGUUCACCUCAAAACACUCGUGGAAGACCUGCGAAAUCAAGAAUUCAACAUCAUGGAGGUGGCUAAUCGACUGUCCUCCUUACCUCCGACUGUGCGGUUGGCCGUUAUUGCUGGGAUGACGGCGCUAACGGUCCAGAUCAUAAGAUGGCUUGUCUGGUACCGUAGUUUUUUUCGCUUCUUUAACCAACUUCCUGGAGAAACAGACUUCAGCUGGGUCUGGGGAAACUUGAGAAAGAUGCGCUCAUACACUCCAGACCAGCGGAUUCGCUACAUACUGGAGUAUUCAAAGAAGUACCCGAAAUUUUUCCGGCUGUGGCUGGGGCCAUUGAAACCUAGCAUUUUCUUGCACCAUCCGGACACAAUGAAGACGCUUCUUAAAAGUUCAGAGCCUAAAAGUCCCGGGUACAGGUUUGCACUUCCAUGGCUGGGAGAAGGUCUGCUGGUCGCCAACGGACCUAGGUGGUACAGAUCUCGCCGUCUGCUCACACCAGCCUUCCACUUCGACAUCCUGAAGCCAUACAACACCAUCAGCAACCGCGCUGCCGACGUGCUGUUGGACAAGAUGAGUGUCCAUGCUGUAGAGAAGACCAGCAUGGAGAUAUACAGCUCCGUUAGUCUGUGCACACUUGAUGUCAUCCUACAAUGCGCCAUGUCCUACAAGGACGACAUUCAGCUAAAGGGAGAGUCUCACCCAUAUGUACAGGCAGUUAUGCAGCUGACAGACAUGUGGAGUGAAAGAGGGAGAAAUCCCUUAUUUCUACUGGAUUUCAUCUACUUCCUGUCGAGCCGCGGAAGAAAGUUUAAGGCACACUGCGACUUUGCCCACAGUGUUGCCGAUAAUGUCAUCAAAGCUCGCAAGGAGCGUUUGGAGAAAGAGGGACCACCCAAGAAAAGACACUUAGACUUCCUGGACAUCUUGCUGACAGCUCGGGAUGAAUCAGGAAAAGGCUUCACACCACUGGAGAUUCGGAGUGAGGUCGACACAUUUAUGUUUGAAGGUCACGACACAACUGCCAGUGCUAUUGCCUGGACACUGUACUCGCUGGCCCAGCAUCAACAUUGUCAGCAAAAGGUUCAGGAGGAACUGGACUCAGUGCUGGCAGGUCGCCAAUCGGACGACAUUGAAUGGGAGGACCUGCAGAAGCUGGAGUACCUGACCCAGGUUAUUAAGGAAGGCAUGCGCCUGCAUUGCACUGUUCCCUUCAUCGGCCGACAGCUGACCAAGCCCAUGACCAUCGAGGACGUGACCCUUCCUGCAGGCACUUGGUGCUCUUUGAACAUCAUAGGUCUUCACCACAAUCCUUUGGUGUGGUCAGAUCCUGAGACCUUUGACCCGGACAGGUUUCAUCCGGAUAACAUCAAGGACAAGGACAUAUACGCUUUUGUGCCGUUUUCAGCAGGGCCCAGGAACUGCAUCGGGCAACACUUCGCCCUCAACGAGCAGAAAGUGAUCAUCGGACGAAUACUGAGAAAAUUCUUGCUGACUGUGGACCCCAAACACAAAAUACAGAGAAAGAUUGCAGCGGUCAUGAGGCCAGACACGGGUCUGCGACUGUUGUUGACUCCAAGGCCUGCAGCAGUCUAGCGGGACAGAAGUCGUGAAGUGUGACCGCAGCCUGUGUGUAGCCUGAAUAAAACAGGAGAUAUAGAAAGGAAUAAAGAAAGUCAGAGAUACAUAGAAUGAGAGAUUUCAACAGCAGCCUGACGAUGAUUUCAAUUUCCUUCUUUGAUUAAGGGGAACUUUUCCUUAAUUUGUUUUUUUAAAUGCGCUGCUUACUGAUCACAGAGUUAAAAGCAAGUAAAUCGUCUGUCUCCUGUUGAUGACAAUCCUAAGAAUUCAAAAGUGAAAUACAAUAAUGAAAAUAAAAAGAAGUGUUAAAAAUGGA